UCUUUAAAGGGAGGGGAAAAAAUAGAGAGAGAGGCAGGUACUGUAUAAAAGAAGCUCCCUUGAGGUUUCUAAAAUUUACACAAAAACAUCAUAGGUGAGGAAACUCACCAGAUUGGGUAUCUGCUCUUUGGUGAUGGACCCAGAAGAAACUUCAGUUUAUUUGGAUUAUUACUAUGCUACAAGCCCAAACCCUGACAUCAGGGAGACCCACUCCCAUGUUCCUUACACCUCUGUCUUCCUUCCAGUCUUUUACACAGCUGUGUUCCUGACUGGAGUGCUGGGGAACCUUGUUCUCAUGGGAGCGUUGCAUUUCAAACCCGGCAGCCGAAGACUGAUCGACAUCUUUAUCAUCAAUCUGGCUGCCUCUGACUUCAUUUUCCUUGUCACGUUGCCUCUCUGGGUGGAUAAAGAAGCAUCUUUAGGACUGUGGAGGACGGGCUCCUUCCUGUGCAAAGGGAGCUCCUACAUGAUCUCCGUCAAUAUGCACUGCAGUGUCUUCCUGCUCACUUGCAUGAGUGUUGACCGCUACCUGGCCAUUGUGUGCCCAGUCGUAUCCAGGAAAUUCAGAAGGACAGACUGUGCAUAUGUAGUCUGUGCCAGCAUCUGGUUUAUCUCCUGCCUGCUGGGGUUGCCUACUCUUCUGUCCAGGGAGCUCACGCUGAUUGAGGAUAAGCCAUACUGUGCAGAGAAAAAGGCAACUCCACUUAAACUCAUAUGGUCCCUGGUGGCCUUAAUUUUCACCUUUUUUGUCCCUUUGUUGAGCAUUGUGACCUGCUACUGUUGCAUUGCAAGGAAGCUGUGUGCCCAUUACCAGCAGUCAGGAAAGCACAACAAAAAGCUGAAGAAAUCCAUAAAGAUCAUCUUUAUCGUCGUGGCAGCCUUCCUUGUCUCCUGGCUGCCCUUCAAUACUUUCAAGCUCCUGGCCAUUGUCUCUGGGUUGCAGCAAGAACGCUAUUUUCCCUCAGCCAUUCUUCAGCUUGGUAUGGAGGUGAGUGGACCCUUGGCAUUUGCCAACAGCUGUGUCAACCCUUUCAUUUACUAUAUCUUCGACAGCUACAUCCGCCGGGCUAUUGUCCACUGCUUGUGCCCUUGCCUGAAAAACUAUGACUUUGGGAGUAGCACCGAGACAUCAGAUAGUCACCUCACUAAGGCUCUCUCCACCUUCAUUCAUGCAGAAGAUUUUACCAGGAGGAGGAAGAGGUCUGUGUCCCUCUAAAGGGAACUGUGACAUUUCAAGUUCUGUUGGUGGGUUUAGGAGUUAAUUUUUGUCAGCAAGAAAGAAAGAAGUGUUAAUGAUAGGAUUCACGUUGCUUCAUAGAUGCAAGGAAGAAUUCGUUUUUAAAGAGAGGACUGAAAAAUCCCUGGGUUGUGGAAAUAAUUAGGCCAUGUGCUGUUUUCUCAGCUGAGCAGCCUUCUUCACCCUUGCCAAUCAAGUCUACCAGAGAAAAUUCAAUUCCCAUCUGUCCUUGAACUCUUGGAUAAAGGCUCCUGCUUGAACCAGUCCCUUUCUUCAUGAUUGUUAAUGCACAUUUGGGCCUUUCCUCUCUCAAAAACCACGGUACCUUCAUCCCCACCACCCUUCAUACUGGGCUCCAAAUUGGACUACAUUUAAAUGAUUCUGCCUACUUUCAGAAUCAUUUAGAAUCUGCCUAUUUCAGAUGAGAAAUGCAGUAACAAUGCAGGUAACAAAAAUAUAAUAUACCUGCACUCUGCAAUUAAUUGUUUCUGAGUUACUAAGCUAGAUUCUGACCUCAAUCUUUGAAGCUUUGUACAGCGAUUCUUCGUCAUCUUCCAACAUUGUGCUUCAUCCUAUGCCUAUUCACAAUGGCUUUGGAUUGGCAAAAACAACUCAUGGGGAUUUUGUAUUGUGUUUAUGAUUUGGGACUUUAUCAUAUGGUCUUCUAGUAUUUUAACACAUAAACAUAUGACAGGAUUCAACCUCUAUUUGCUUUAUAAGAUAUUGAUAAAAAUGUAUCUCAUUCAUAAUGGUGCAGCGACUACUUUUUAAUGGGGUUUUACUAUGCUCUUUUGUUUUCAUUGCCUUUAUAAAUUAGGAUUUGACUUUGCUUUAAUUACAUGUUUUUAAUUACCCAGUUAUCUGGUUAUCAAAUGAAAAUGUUAUUACUAAUAUAAUUGGAACUCAUCAAAUCCUUAACUCUACCCCAAUGCAGAUUAUCAUUUUGUAUUUUAAUUAAAAUGUUAGUGCUACACAUUCCCUAUAGCAUCAUUUGCUUGGUGCCUAUAAUUUCAAGAUAAGAUCCAGUAGUAUAGGGAGACAGGCUGCUCUGUAUUCAGACAAAGUAGAAAAUCUCUAACAAAGAUAUCACUUGUAUUUUACAUACAUUUUUUUCCGUACACAGAAAUCUUCUUGAAUUCCUUUACCCAAUAAAUAUUUAUUGAGUCAAUUUGUACCUGUAUUACUUUUGAAGACUUUGAUGUGAAAAACAUGUAAUUAGAGUGGCAACCACAAAAGACUCUGCAGCAGCAGGCAUGCUACUGUAAACAUCUUUUGAUUCAAGGGAAAGUGGGUUAUGUUUUUACCUCCACUGUUGACUUGAAUGAAUUACCAUUUUACUUCUAAAUAUUCGAUUUGAAAAUCAGAAAAAAUUUAGAAUCCUUUCAAAGACUAGCCAAUUUAAUUUCGUCUCAUGUGUCUUUCAUAUUAAGAGAAACCUCAAAUAUUGGACAUCUCCCUGUAGCCUAAUUAAAAGCUGAAAAUAGAGUUUUUGGUUUUAUAAAUUGGCAAACUUGUUAAUUUUUCUUAAACUAUUAUUAAAUAAAAGUAUAAUUUCCUU